AUGCUCGUUAUACGCAGAAGCGCUAACGCGCGCAAUGCCGCACUUCGGGCGGACGAGUACAGCACCAUCACUGCGUGGGCUGCGGUGUUGCGCGCCGUCAUGAUCGACGGCCUCGCCGUUGCGCGUGCGUUGGGGGGCUACGCUCUGAGCACGGUCCCCGCUCUGCAGCCGUCCGGCAAUGUGUCUGUUGUGCUGUCAAGGGACAACGCUACCGAGUAUCUGACACGAUUUCCACGCUUUGCAUCUCUGCUCGCCUCGCAGAAGCCUGCCGUGGCGUUGCAAGCCAUCUGCCCCGGAGGAGUCAUCGCCAUGACGUACCCGCACGACGCGGAAACGGUGGGCCGCGACCUGAUGAGCCCAAGCGACCCGACAAACCAGCACAGGCCCACCACACUGGAGACAGUUCUGUCAGGCCGGUACUCCAUUGUUGGCCCGCGACACACCACCAUCGCCUCUCUCCGCCGCAUUUGGGUCAUCUCGACGCGCGCGCCCCUCUACAUGCGCACCUUGAACGGCACGCCCCCCUCACUGGCAAACUUCUGGGGCUUCGUGCUACUCAUCGUCAACGUGACGGGCGCCCUCGACGUUAUUCAGCUCGACACACUUGCCAAGGCCAAGCACCUGAAUUACGUAAUCUACGACCUGUCGAAGAACUCAUCUAGCACGCGCGUGAUCGCCUCCUCGCUUCCACCGAACACAACGCAGGAGACGUACGAGGCAUUCAUUUCCGACAGCACCGUCAUGGACAUCCUAGCACCCCUCUCCUCGCUAUAUAUUGCGGUGCGCUCACGCCAGACGUACGUCUCUCUCACAGCCACCAACGUCACCAUCAUCACCUUGUGGACCUUAUUCGGCUCCCUGCUGCUUCUGGCCAUCGCCAUCGCGGUCGUGCUGUGGUGCAUGCGUACCUACGACGCCGCAGCGCACGCACCCAAGAUGGCGCCCUUCGCCAUGCUCACCAUCGGCCCCUGCCGCGGCGAGGAGCUCUGGGACCUUGCUGCAGAGCAGAUGGCCGAGGUGACGGACCGGCUCGAUGGGGUACUGGUGCGGCAGAUGGUGCGGCACGGCGCCUACCAGAUUCAGCAGGUGCACCCACUCACCACAUCGUACGUCACGCGCAGCGUCGCGGCGGCCGUGCAGAUGGCCUUCAGCGCCAUCGAGGAGCUGCAGCGCCGCCCCAUCGACGGUCCGCUGCGCGCCGUGCUCGGUGACGAGGGUCGCCUACUGCUCUCCUACGCCGUGCACUGGUGCACCGACGCUGCCGUGCGCGUGGAAUCGCUGGACGGGACGUACCGCUACGAGGGCCCCGAUGUUGUCUUUGGCGGCCGCAUGUGGGCCUUUGCCGCACCCAGCGUUCUCACGGCUUCCGAGGCGGUGGCGCAGGCGCUGCCACGCUUUGGCCUCUCUGGCGUUGUCGCGCAAGCGUACCAGAUGCUUACCGUGGUGCACGCUACAGCAGCGAAGCACGCCGACGGCAAUGACGACGUCGAGGGAGGCAUCCGUGACGCAACCAGCACAAGCCGCAGGAGCGGUAGCAUGAUGCUGUACCUCCUGGCGCACGCAGCGAAGCCAAAUCUUCUUGCGGCGGCAGCGGAGGCGGUUGCAGCAGCUGUGGCGACAGUUCCUCAACCCAUGAUCGAUAACGCGAACUCAUCCAGCCCCUCAUCUUAUCCAAUAAUGCGUAUGAACUCGUCAAGCCUGGGGGCGAGGGAAGCUGUAUCCGGUCUGCAGGAUGGGUCUGCGCGACCGAUGGAAGCUUUCUGUCCUGCGUCCACCACGUGUAACCCUGGGUGCACAACACUGAGAGGGUGCCAGCGUGGCCGUAGUCCUUUGAGUGACGGUGCCUUGCAGGCCGAACAGAAGGUCGUGGUGCAGAGCCGAAUUAUUGUGGAGCGCAAGACAGACUUGUCUCCAGAGAAACCUCGUGUUGAGCUGAUUGAAGCCGACGCUGUCACGCGUGCGCUGCUGCAGCCCUUCAUCACGCGCUCGCUCGACGUGGCCCUGCGCGCCGCCUUUGACUACCAGUCCAUCACCCUCGAUAUACGCUACGACGAGGUGCGGGUGCUGGUCUACUACUUUUACUCCAGCUACAGCAUCCUGUUUCGCCCGCUGGCCGCGCCGGAGCGCCACAACAUCUUCCGCCGCCUGGUGACUGCGUUUGGUGUGCCGCAGCAGGGCAUCCUCGAGCAUCUGGCCGCGCGCGGUGCGAUGCAGUGGCUGUCGCAGGUGCGGAAGAUCAACGGGUUCAUGUAUCAACAAGUUCCUCUUGAAUGCAACAGCCCAACAACAAGGACGCCGGCGACCACGUCUCCGUGCGGCACCCCACCAGAGGCAAAACUAAUGCAUCACUAA